AUGAUUGCUCUGCCAGAGCUUCCAGUCAGUGAUGAGUCAUCCAGCUCUACUACGAGUGGCUGCAGCUCCGGUGACUUCACAUCCGGCUCUUCUGUAUCUAACCCAUCUACUGGACCUUCUGAUCUCAGUCUUGUGGGCCGAACAAAUCUGACUUCUAUAAAUGGUCUAUUUGGUCCUGGAGAGAAAGUCACCUCAACUUCAGCUUUGGAAAGUUGUUGUCUACCUUCGUCCAGCCAAAGCUUCGGUGCUAAUGGUGGCAUUAGUAAUAGUGAUGGACCAAUUGGUUGUUUAGCUGCUCCAUCCACCACUCCGUCUGUAACUGUCGGCGAUAACUUAAGUGGUCACGUGGCCUCCACCGGUGGCUAUAACAUAGGAGUAAACUCUAGUUCCCUUUCUGAUGAGGACCGUGAUCUUCUUGCUCGUCUUUGGUCACAGCUGGAACCGCAAACAGUUGUAUCAUUUACACCGCCUCCUAAACCGCCUUUACCCUGGUUUUUAGACAAAGCUUGUUCUGGUUCUGACUCUGAACAGGCUUCUCCAUUGAGUCCGGAUCAGCAGCACUUGUCAAUCCAUCCCUCUUCAUCCUGUUGCCAAGAUUUUUCUGACUCUGGUUUGUACCUCAACGAUCCUGUCACUCCAACGAUACUUAGACCACGAAGCGACUCUUCUCCACUUUACCACGGCCAGCAGCUCCGAACAUCAAGCGGCCCCAGCUUAGAGCCUGAUAGCGCUCGUUUGCUAUCUAUGCAAAACUGCAGUGCAGCCUGUUCACCGCUUCCUAUCGGGAGGCCCCCAGAUCAGGCAUCUGAGGCGGCUGUUAUUAUAGUUCCAUCCACUUCCACACUCCCCGCAUCUCCUAAUGAAAUUCAACUGACUCUCUACUUAGAAGCGAUGGCCAAUGCCGUCCGGGGCUCUUGGCCUUCAGCUGCACAGUCUGUCCUGCUUUCUGAUAAACAAAGGUCUUUGGCUACCCUAGAAACUAAACAGAGUGGUCACGACAAUCUAUUUGAGUCACAGGAUACUGGGUAA